CCGUCGCUUCGCCCAGGGCUUGAUGGUUGCAGCGGACCGGGUGGCUCCAGGAUGUUAGGGGCUGUGAAGAUGGAAGGGCAUGAGAGCAGCGACUGGAAUAGCUACUACGCGGACACGCAGGAGGCCUACUCCUCCGUCCAGGUCAGCAACAUGAACUCGGGCCUGGGCUCCAUGAACUCCAUGAACACCUACAUGACCAUGAACACCAUGACCACGAGUGGCAACAUGACGCCGGCUUCCUUCAACAUGUCUUACGCAAACCCGGGCCUGGGAGCCGGCCUGAGCCCCGGCGCUGUGUCGGGUAUGCCAGGGGGCUCGGCAGGCGCCAUGAACAGCAUGACGGCGGCGGGCGUCACCGCCAUGGGCACGGCGCUGAGCCCGGGCGGCAUGGGGGCCAUGGGCGCCCAGCCGGCCGCUUCCAUGAACGGCCUGGGCCCUUACGCGGCGGCCAUGAACCCGUGCAUGAGCCCCAUGGCGUACGCGCCGUCCAACCUGGGUCGCAGCCGAGCCGGCAGCGGCGGCGAUGCCAAGACCUUCAAGCGCAGUUAUCCGCACGCCAAGCCGCCUUACUCGUACAUCUCGCUCAUCACCAUGGCCAUCCAGCAGGCGCCCAGCAAGAUGCUGACGCUGAGCGAGAUCUACCAGUGGAUCAUGGAUCUCUUCCCCUACUACCGGCAGAACCAGCAGCGCUGGCAGAACUCCAUCCGCCACUCGCUGUCUUUCAACGACUGCUUCGUCAAGGUGGCGCGCUCUCCGGACAAGCCGGGCAAGGGCUCCUACUGGACGCUGCACCCGGACUCGGGCAACAUGUUCGAGAACGGCUGCUACCUGCGCCGUCAAAAGCGCUUCAAGUGCGAGAAGCAGCCCGGAGCUGGGGGCGCUGGUGGUGGCGGUGGUGGCGGCGGCGGCGGCUCCAAGGGAGGCCCCGAAAGCCGCAAGGACCCCUCCGGCGCGGGGAACCCCGGCGCCGACUCACCCCUCCACCGGGGCGUGCACGCGAAGGCUGGCCAGCUAGAGGGCGCGCCGGCCGCGGGGCCCGCCGCCAGCCCCCAGACUCUGGACCACAGCGGGGCCACGGCGACAGGGGGCGCCGCGGAGUUGAAGACUCCAGCCUCCUCUGCGCCCCCCAUCAGCUCCGGGCCCGGGGCGCUGGCCUCUGUGCCCCCCUCCCAUCCGGCGCACGGGCUGGCCCCCCAUGAGUCGCAGCUGCACCUGAAAGGGGAUCCCCACUACUCUUUCAACCAUCCCUUCUCCAUCAACAACCUCAUGUCCUCUUCGGAGCAGCAGCACAAGCUGGACUUCAAGGCUUACGAGCAGGCUCUGCAGUACUCUCCCUACGGCGCCGCCUUGCCCGCCAGCCUUCCUCUGGGCAGCGCCUCGGUGGCCAGUAGGAGCCCCAUCGAGCCCUCAGCCCUGGAACCGGCCUACUACCAAGGUGUGUAUUCCAGACCUGUCCUAAACACUUCCUAGCUCCCGGGACUGGGGUUUUGUCUGCAUGGCCAUGCUGGUAGCAAGAGAGAAUGAAAAACAAACACUCUUCAACAAACAAAACCACAUGUACCAAACCAACAGCAUAAUCAAAUCCCAACUAUUUUUUAUUUUCCGUGCACAACCCCCCCCCCUCCCCAGGGAAAGGACUGUUACUUUAUUAUUGUAUUCAAAACUCUUUAUGUAUAUUAUUGCAAAGACCACACCAACCCCACCAAUUUUUUUUCCUGCAGAGUUUAAUGAUCCACAACUGUAUAUAUAUAUAUAUAAUCCCUCCUUUGCCUUUUUCCCUCUCUCCCUUCUUUCCCCUGCAGACACAUUCUAGUCUUUGCAGGGUUUAUUUAAAAAAGAAAGAAACAUGGUCAAGUUUGUAAAAUAUUUGUUUGUGCUUCCCCCACUCCUCCUUACCUGACCCCAUCAUGCAAGUUUACAGGUAGGUCUGUGGCAAUAUUCUUAAUCUUAAGAAUUGAAAUGGUGAAAAAAGAAGUACUCACUAGGGGCUCUUGAAAGUACUGAAAGACAGUGCUGCAGUUAGGCAGUAAGAUGUAAACAGACUACUACAAAUGGCACAGCCAGCCAUUUGUUUCUCCAGCUUCUAUUUCUGGUUCAGAUAGCAGGUGUCUUUAAGUGAAAUGCACAUAUAUUGUCUAUGGACUUACUCAUGCAAAGAUCUGUAAACAUUCUCCAUACUUUGAGUAACAUAUAGAGGUAAUAGGUAAGUGAUACGCAUACUACAUUUUCAAGAGUUGCCUGACCAAGGAGUUACAAGACCCCCUCCCUCUGUCCUCUCUACCCACUUGGCCCUGGGAACCAAUUCUCAGGAAUUGCCUGCUGAAGAACUCUGCUCUCAUUCCAUGGAGCACCAUGGUCAUGUCAAUCUAAGGUCAUAUGUAUAAAAUUAGCUUCUGUGUAUGUAUUUCCACUUAAAUGAUUUUUUUUCUCAGAAACAAAAGAGGAAUGUCAUAACAUUGAGGAGAGAGAAGUUAUAGGAAACUGUAUUUCAGAAUUGGGUGUAAGGUUCCAAAAUCCUAUUGGUUGUGGCCAUUUUAAUUAUCACCCUCACUAUCCUAGGCCUGUUUCAUCCAGUGUUAAUGCACUUUCCACAGUUGGACAUGGUGUUAGUGUAGCCAAAGGGGUCCCAUUAUUAUUCCUCUUUGCUUUCUCAAUGUUAAUUUAUUGCAUGGUUUAUUCUUUUUUCUUUACAGCUGAAAUUGCUUUGAAUGAUGGUUCAGAUUUGAAAUUAAAAUGUUAAUUUUUAUCAACGUGAUUGUAAUUAAGAUAUUUUGAUCUCAAUAACGAAAAUAAUAUGAGAUUUUAAGCCGUGGAGUAUGUUCCUGAUCAUUUGCAGUUAAGGACUUUAAAUAAAUCAAAUGUUAACAAAAA